AUGAAGUAUCUCGGUCUCGCCGUUGCCUUCCUCCCCCUGCUAGCCGCCGCGGCCCCGGCCGCAGAUCCCGAAGUCGAGGCGGACGGCGAGCUGGACCUGGAAAAGCGCGCGUCCGCGCAGACCUGCAAGAUCGUCAAUGUCGAUACCUAUGUCAACUGCCGGUACGAUGCCAAGUUAGACGCGGGCGCGAUCUUUGGGUUCCCCAAGGGAGAGAAACUCACCUUUGCGUGCUGGAAGCACGGCGAUUGCUACAACGGGGUUUGCUCCUGGGAUCAAGUCACGUAUCUCAAGACGACGUGCUACGUGAACGGGUACUUUACCGAUAGCAAUUGCUCAAGCAGUAUGUUAUCCCGUUGCUAG